UAAGUUUAUGGUGGUCUGCUGACCGGAUAGGAAAACUUUCUGCCUGCCUUCGUGUUUCUCUCUGUCUGACAACUGGAAUUUUGCGUCGGUUUUGUUAGUGUUAAAGCGGUUUAUUUUGAGUCAGCGAGUUAUGAAGUGAUCAGUUGAGUUUCUCUGGGGUUUGACCGAAGCUAGUCAUGGGGAACCGCGGGAUGGAGGACUUGAUUCCCCUGAUUAAUAAACUUCAGGACGCCUUCAGCUCCAUCGGCCAGAGCUGUAACCUGGAGCUGCCGCAGAUCGCGGUGGUGGGCGGCCAGAGCGCCGGGAAGAGCUCGGUGCUGGAGAACUUCGUAGGCAGAGACUUUCUCCCGCGAGGAUCCGGCAUCGUCACCCGCAGGCCUCUGAUUCUCCAGCUAGUCAACAGUAAAGCAGAAUACGCCGAGUUCCUGCACUGUAAGAGCCGUAAGUUCACAGACUUUGACGAGGUUCGGCUGGAGAUCGAGGCCGAGACGGAGCGACUCACCGGAUCCAAUAAGGGAAUCUCUCCGGUGCCCAUCAACCUGCGCGUCUACUCGCCGAACGUCCUGAACCUGACGCUGAUCGAUCUCCCCGGCAUGACGAAGGUGGCGGUGGGAGACCAGCCGACGGACAUCGAGUUCCAGAUCCGAGACAUGCUGCUGCAGUUCAUCUCCACAGAGAACUGCCUGAUCCUGGCCGUCACGCCUGCCAACACCGACCUCGCCAACUCCGACGCGCUGAAGAUCAGCAAAGAGGUCGAUCCUCAGGGUCUUCGCACCAUCGGCGUGAUGACCAAACUGGACCUGAUGGAUGAAGGAACGGACGCCAGAGACAUCCUGGAGAACAAGCUACUGCCGCUGCGCAGAGGUUAUAUCGGCGUGGUGAACCGCAGUCAGAAAGACAUCGACGGCAGAAAGGACAUCCGAGUGGCUCUGGCGGCCGAGAGAAAGUUCUUCCUGUCCCAUCCGGCGUACAGACACAUAGCGGAGCGCAUGGGCACACCGUACCUGCAGAAGACACUCAACCAGCAACUGACGAACCACAUCCGCGACACCCUGCCGGCGCUGCGCAGCAAACUGCAGAGUCAGCUGCUGUCGCUGGAGAAAGAGGUGGACGAGUACAAGAGCUUCAAGCCGGACGACCCCGCGCGCAAGACCAAAGCCCUGCUGCAGAUGGUGCAGCAGUUCGGCGUGGACUUCGAGAAGCGUAUCGAGGGCUCUGGCGAUCAGGUGGACACGCUUGAGCUCUCCGGCGGCGCGCGAAUCAACCGCAUCUUCCACGAGCGCUUCCCCUUCGAGCUCGUUAAGAUGGAGUUUGAUGAGAAGGAGUUGAGGAGAGAGAUCAGUUACGCCAUCAAGAACAUUCAUGGAGUCAGGACGGGGCUGUUCACCCCUGACAUGGCCUUCGAGGCCAUCGUGAAAAAGCAGCUGAUCAAGCUGAAGGAGCCGUGCCUCAAGUGCAUUGACCUGGUCAUCCAGGAGCUCAUCAAUACGGUCAGGCAGUGCACACUCAAGUUGAACUCGUAUCCUCAGCUGAGAGAAGAGACGGAGAGAAUCGUCACCACAUACGUCAGAGAGCGAGAGAGCAAAACUAAAGACCAGGUGAUGCUGCUGAUCGACAUCGAGCUCUCCUACAUCAACACAAACCACGAGGACUUCAUCGGUUUUGCCAACGCGCAGCAGCGGAGCGCGGCGGUCAGUAAGAAGAGGGCGAUGCCCAACCAGGUGAUCCGACGCGGUUGGCUUACCAUCAACAUCAGCAUCAUGAAGGGCGGGUCCAAGGACUACUGGUUCAUCCUGACCGCAGAGUCCCUGUCCUGGUACAAGGAUGAGGAGGAGAAAGAGAAGAAGUUCAUGCUGCCUCUGGAUAACCUGAAGCUGCGAGACGUUGAGAAAGGGUUCAUGUCCACCAAACACACGUUUGCCAUCUUCAACACCGAGCAGAGGAAUGUGUAUAAAGACCUGCGUCAGAUCGAGCUGGCCUGCGACACUCAGGAAGAUGUGGACAGCUGGAAGGCCUCGUUCCUGCGAGCGGGAGUCUAUCCCGAGAAAGACCAGGUGGAGAACGGGGAAGGGGUGGCGGCCGACUCUCUCUCCAUGGACCCUCAGCUGGAGCGGCAGGUGGAGACCAUCCGAAACCUGGUGGACUCCUACAUCGGCAUCGUCAACAAGAGCAUCCGAGACCUGAUGCCCAAGGCCAUCAUGCACCUGAUGAUCAACAGCGCGAAGGAUUUCAUCCACUCGGAGCUGCUGGCGUACCUGUACUCGUCGGGCGAUCAGAACAGUCUGAUGGAGGAGUCGGCGGAUCAGGCGCAGCGGCGAGACGAGAUGCUCCGCAUGUAUCACGCGCUCAAGGAGGCGCUGCUCAUCAUCGGGGACAUCAGCACCAGCACCAUAUCAGCACCGGUCCCGCCUCCGGUGGACGACACCUGGAUACACACCGACCCCAGUCCCCCGUCUCAGCGGAAGCCGUCGGCAGGCGUGGCUCCGCCCCCCGGCCGGCCCCCUGCCGUGCGCGGCUCCACCCCCGGCCCGCCGGCCCCGCCGCCCCUGAACCCCUCGCCUGCGUUCGGGGCUCCUCCGGUGCCGUACAGGCCCGCCGGCGCUCUGGACCCGCUGGCUCCGCCCCCUCAGGUGCCGUCCCGCCCCGCACGCGUGCCGCCCGCUCUGCCGCCCGGCAUCCCCAGCAGGAGACCUCCAGCGGCUCCAAACCGGCCCACGAUCAUCAGACCGUCAGAACCGUCUCUGCUGGACUGAGACACUUUCAACUCGCACACUGCCAAAGCAAACACACUAAUACACACACACACAGACACUAAUAUAAACACACACACACACACAAGUGCAAAUAAGGACGUCAACUCAAAAUUUGAUUGAGAGAUGAUUUUUGAUACACUUUAAGUAGUAGUUGUAGUAAUAAUGAUUUGUUUCGAUAAACAUUUCCGUUGUUGGGAGAACGAGCAACACUUAAACGCAUGACAUCAUCAUCACGUACACAGACACACAGAGACGACUGAACCUCUUCAACACUCCUCCUCUGUGUUGUGUUUAUAAUGAUGGCGCAUGAUCACAUGAUCUCCUCUGGCGUUUAGCACUUUACCGCUCGACACAUUAACGCUGUAAUGCGUGUGUGUGUAACACACUAAACUACGCUCGCUUCUGCAGCCGUCGAGUGUCAACACUUUCCCACAAUAAGAGUCUUAUUCCUCUUCAACUACAGCAGUUUAUGGAUGUUUCUACUUGAACACUUUUAUACAUCAUGUGACUAACCGGAGGCGUGACCUUUCAUUGGUUCUUCACUCCUUCAUUGUUUCUCUCUUUCAUGACCUUUCGCAAGGACUGCGAACAAAAGCAAACGUGUCGUAAUGCAGUGAUUAUAAGAAUAAAAGGGCAAUUUGUUAAGCGA